AGAGAAAGGAAGGGGAAAAAGAAAGAAGACAAAAAGAAAGGAAGGGAAAAGAAGAAAAAAAAUAAGGGGAAAAAAAAAAAGGAUUUUUCCCCCCGGAGUGUCCCUAUCGGUGAGGACAAAAGUGACCCCGAAGAGCGCUGCGCUCGAGGGUGCGGAAGGAAGGAGGGGGUGGGGGGGGAAAGGGGACGAGAGCUGAGGACACGGAGGAGGGAACAGGGAGGGAAGGUAGAGAAAGUUGGGACGAAAUAGCCCAGGAAAAGUGGCACUCGAGGAGCGUGCCCGAGCGCGGAGGAAAUAAAAGCGGCGGAGGGCAGGAAGUGUGAGGAGGAGGAGGAGGAAAAGAGAAAAAAAAAAAAAAAAAAAGAAAGAAAGAAGAGAAACAGCAGCAGCUGCCGAGGCAGAAGAGAAAGCAAAAGCCGCACGGCGGCGCGGAGCCGGCGGGCAUCCGCGGGGCUGCGUGGAGCGGCCAUGGCCCGAGAGAACGGAGACGGCGGCGGCUCCUGGAAGAAGCAGGCGGAGGACAUCAAGAAGAUCUUCGAGUUCAAGGAGACGCUGGGGACGGGUGCAUUCUCUGAAGUUGUUUUGGCUGAAGAAAGAGCUAGUGGGAAACUAUUUGCAGUCAAGUGCAUUCCCAAGAAGGCACUGAAGGGGAAGGAAAGCAGCAUAGAGAAUGAAAUUGCAGUCCUGAGGAAGAUCAAGCAUGAGAAUAUAGUUGCUCUGGAAGACAUCUAUGAAAGCCCGAACCAUUUAUACUUGGUCAUGCAAUUGGUAUCUGGGGGAGAGCUUUUUGAUCGUAUCGUUGAGAAAGGGUUCUACACUGAGAAGGAUGCCAGCACCCUGAUCCGGCAGGUCCUGGAUGCUGUCUACUACCUGCACCGAAUGGGCAUUGUCCACAGGGACCUCAAGCCUGAGAACUUGCUUUACUACAGCCAGGAUGAAGAGUCAAAAAUCAUGAUCAGUGAUUUUGGAUUGUCUAAGAUGGAGGGUAAAGGAGAUGUGAUGUCCACAGCCUGUGGAACUCCUGGCUAUGUUGCUCCUGAAGUGCUGGCCCAGAAACCCUACAGCAAAGCCGUGGACUGCUGGUCCAUCGGGGUCAUCGCAUAUAUCCUGCUCUGUGGGUAUCCUCCUUUCUACGAUGAAAAUGACUCCAAACUCUUUGAGCAGAUCCUCAAGGCAGAGUAUGAGUUUGACUCUCCGUAUUGGGAUGACAUCUCUGAGUCUGCUAAAGACUUCAUUCGGAAUUUGAUGGAGAAGGACCCUAAUAAAAGAUACACCUGUGAGCAAGCAGCACGGCAUCCUUGGAUUGCAGGUGAUACGGCACUCAACAAGAACAUCCAUGAGUCUGUCAGCGCUCAGAUCCGGAAGAACUUUGCGAAAAGCAAAUGGAGACAAGCAUUUAACGCCACAGCAGUUGUGCGGCACAUGAGGCGGUUACACCUCGGCAGCAGCCUGGACAACACAAGUGCCAGUGUCUCAGGCACACUCAGCCUCGCCACACCGCUGCCCGAUGCAACCACCAGGAAAGAUUGUAUGUCUCCAUCCACUCUCUGUAGUUUUGUUUCAUCUGCUUCUUCAGGAGUUUCGGCGGUAGGAGGGGACCGGAGACCCAGACCCACCACAGUGACCACAGUGCACACAGGGGGCAAGUGAGAGCCCAGGUGGCCAGGAGAAGGCAGGCACAGGGAUGUGGAUUCCUACAAGCCACCCCUCGCCCUGCCCCGCAUACUCAACGAAGGACUAGAAGAAAGAAGAUUUUUUUAUGGCCAUAUUUUAUACUGCAAUUCUGAAAUAUUUCAUUUAUCACAAACUGCAAUGACUCCAGGGGGAACGGAUCUAACAGUCUCUGGUGCUGUACAUAUAUAUACAUAUAUAUAAAUAUAUAUAUAUAUAUGUGAGUCUAGCAAUGUUCUAACUGAUGAACACGCAUUCUUAUCCCCAGUGAUUUACUCUUUUCUCAGUGUAGGUAACAGUAAAUGUUGUUGGGUUUUUGUUUUUGUUUUUCCAUUAACUACAAACAUCUCAACUGGAUUAUUUAAAUAGAGAAACUUUUCUGAGCAUUAUAUAUAUAUUUUCUUUUAAGAAGUACUUCCAGUAAUGUCCCUCCUCCCAGUCUGUGGGGGAAUAUGCUUGUUUUGGUUGGUAGCAGAUGGCGUUGACUUUGCAGCAUGUGAGGAUUGCAGUGUUGUGCCAUUCCUCGCUCCUCAGACUGGACUGCAAGUCGGUCUGGCUUCAGCAGAGCUGCUGUUGCUCAGAGUAAGAAACUGCUGCUUUCCCCCCACCUCUCACCCACCCCUUCCUAUUGAAAGCCAUGGGCAGAGCUCAGUUGCCACCAGCCUGAUUCCUGCAGAGAUGUGAGCCUGCGGUACUUUUGUUUGAGAGGAGAUGUUGGCACACGGUGCCUUUGAGGAGCAGCCCAGAGCUGAGCAAACAAAACAACAGAGAUUUCAUAAUCUAGCAAUUUCCCCCUUGAUAAUCUCUUCCACUGUGCAUUCUGGGCAGAGCAAAAGAAAAGGAAGACAUGGGGCCCAGAGCAGUAGUUGUCCUCUGCCCCCAACUCACUGUGCCGCCCUUGUGGAGGACAUUUAGUUCCCAUCCUCCCAGCCCAGCUUUGUACUGGGAGCACACCCAGCCCGUGCUCCCUGCACCACAGCUGCUGAACACCCACAGCUUCAUGGAGCUUUGCCCACUGUUGCUGAUGCUCAGCACCUGACAGGGUGCCAUAAAUGAGGAUCAGGUACCAGAUCGAAAAUGACUGCAGACAGGUCCAUCUUCUAUCAGAGGCACAAGCCUUGUGCUCAUUCACCAUGUUCGCAUUUAACCUGAACAAAAAAUUGUGAAAGCCAGUCACAGACUGAAUGUAUCAGGCAAUAGUGACCAUGCUGUGAAAAGCCAUAAGAUACUUAUUCAUCACUGAGACUUCAAAAUCUCGCUUUAACUUCACUUGGUUGGUUUCGACCUGCAGAACUGAGAUUUCAUCCAUCAUAUUUUGUGUUGUAGAUGCUGGAAAAGCAGGUGGCAAUGAGCACCAAACCUGUUUGAAGAGGCAGCUCUUUUGGUGGCACUUGUUAGGGCUCCAGUUUCCUUUCUGUUAAGCUAUUCUACAUUUUCAGAGGACUGUAGCGUAUCUGAGUGAGUCUCCAUGUCUGGGACAGCUAUCAAUGCCUGCAGGGACUAGCGAAGCCCUUUGGAUUGCAUAUGAUCAAUCAUGGACAAGCUUAGUCUGCUGUUGCUGUAGUAAAAUCAGAAAGACGCAAUGUCCUUGUUUUAGGAAAGCUGACACAUUCUGGUAGCAAAACUCCAUAUAAUUUCCCCUCUGAGGACUUCUGACCAAGAUUUGGGCGGACCAAAUGGCAGAGGGUGUCCUUGCUGCAAGUCAUGUCCAGACCAUUGCCACCAGGUACUCCUGCCCCACUGACACAGGGUUUUAGGUCCCUACCAACUCUAAAGGAUUCUAUAACUCUAAUUGGUAACAUAGAAUUUACACUCUUUGCCAAGGCUGCUUUAUUAUUUUGCCAGACUGAGUAAGUAAGCCUUAGUUUAGGAGAGAGGCUCCUAUCACACAAAUUUGAGCUAUUUUGAACAUACAUGAUUUCAUAAGCUCAACUGUGUUUCAGUUCUGUGUAUGUACAUGGUCAGACCCCAGAUCAGAAGUCAUUGGAGUUCCCUGCAUUUACUCUUGUGCAACCAAAAGCAGGAUUUGGUUAAAGAGUAUUCUUGUCUUUGUCCAGUUGUGGAUGGACAAAGACAGUUGGGGCUCCAUGCUUCCUCUUCACGUUCUCUCCUGAAGCCUGAGCUUUGAGCUCAGUGUAGUUGCUGAAGUCAUUGUUCAAAAUACAGCAUCCAAAAGUAUCUUGCAGGAAAGAAAGAAAAGAAAGAAAAAGAAAGAAAGAAGAAAAAGGGAAAAGCAAAUGGAUUUCCAUCUGCAAACCAAGGGUCAGUGAUGGGAGUGAAAGCAGACAUGUUGUUGCAUACCCUGAGGUUGUGGAGUUCCCAUACACCAGCUGGUCCUCCGUGCUCAAUCUUUCUUUGUUUUCUACUGCAGGAACGUUUCAUCCUUCCAAACGUGCAAUUGGGUUUUUGUACUUAAUGUUCUGGAGUAGUUAAGUAAUUUAUUAUCAUUCUCAUAGGCUCGUUAUUAACCACUGGGAUCUUACCAUGAGCACUUAGAAGCAAAACUGUUUCUGCAUGAUACAGUUUUGGGUGGUGGGAAGCUCUUCUUUUGCAUUAGUAAAACACAGCUGGGGACCUGACCAGGUUUGCCAAAUGCAUAGAGAUACUCAAAACUGAGUCCCAAAGUAUCUCUUGGUUAAAACUUCUCAGUUUUAACCUGACCAAAUCUGGUUACCAGGAUAACUUAGCAGCGCCCGGACAAGAAGUGUUGGGGCUGCAGCCAUUUGUCCUUUGGCAGCAGACUGGCACAGCAAACACUCCAGCAUCUCUCCAGUAAAUAGUGUGUGCACGUGUGGAAGGGGCUGAUAGCCCAAAAGUAAAAGAUUCAAAACAAAUCCAGAUCUUGCCAUGCAGAGCGGGUAGAAAAAUCCUUCUGGGCUCUUUCACAAUAGACUGUCUUACUAAACGUGGUGUGAUUUACUCCGUGCAUGAGGACUUCAGCCUGGACUGGCCCAUCUCUUACUCUUCUCUGCUAUACUUGACUGGCACUAAUGUGUUUUUCAUUUGUAACUUGUUUUCCUCAACUCCUUCCCCUUCUUUUUCUUUGCUUGCAGCUUUAAUUGAUGAUUUUUACCUCCAGAGUCAUGGAGGCCAUCUUUGAUGCCAACAGCAUUGCUUUUGCUGGGGGAAAAAAAAAAUACCUAAAAAUACAGAAAACCUCCAGGUGGCCCUUAGCCUGCAGAAGAAGUGUGAAGACAGGCUUCCCAUGAACUCUGUGAGAUGAAAGUCAGUGUUGCAGUGGCAGGGGCUUACACUGCUGAUUUUGCAUGUGACUUCAUUCCCAGUGCAUCCUAACUUCCUGCUGGAUCACCCCUUGUGCAGCACAGAGUAGACACUGGAGCAGGAGAACAGAGAAACAUGGCAGUGAUGCCAUGGGACUGUGUUACCCUGCUGGUGAUGUCUUUUAUGUCCCAGUUGCUUUUGUACAGGUGCAAAAGUAGAGUAGCGGGCUCCAAAAAACAAAUAGGAUUUGACCUACUCCAUGUGUGUCUGUUUGAGUGCUGAAAUAAAACCAAACAAUGGCAGGGAAAUGAACCACAGAAUUAGACUGUCUGCCCACUUGGUAGACAUCCUUAUGUAGUUUUAUCUGCAGUAGGCAUUAGAAUGGAUUUUGCUCUGUGCAUGUUCCCUGCAUACCUCCAUGGAUACUGACAGUAUUUUUUCUAUAAGCAAUGUUUCUUCCUGCUUAGCCCCAAGGAGCUUUGGAGCUUGCCCAAAGCAUUUACCAGCCCUGGGAGCCAGCACAGCCCCUGACCUCUGGCUUUUCUCCCCAUAUCCUCUGCAAAUCAGAGCUCAAGAGAUAAAAUUGCAGCCAUCCCAAAGGCUGCCCCACCUUAAGCACGACCCUUCUUUUAGCAAAACAGCUCUCAGAGAAAGCCAGACAGCUUUUAGCCAUCAACAAGAAAGAAGGGUAUUGUCCUUCAGUGUGAAUCUGGAGAUCAGCUAUAGGAAAAGCUCUGCUAAAACUUCCCCACUGAGUAAGAGCUCUAGGUAUGAGCAGUGCUACCUAGUUGAAUUCUACAUAAAAACACUAGAUCAUGCAGACUGUAGAGGGUUGCUUUUUCUCCUUCUAAAGACCUGGAGGAUUCAUAUACCUGCAAAGUAUCGGUUUCUAGACUAAGCCCCAGGGUAUCUUCCAUGGAUGUUCCCAUUUAAUGAGAUUACUUUUGUUCUUGCUCCUAUGCAUGUUUACCUGGUUGAACUGGAGCCUGAAUGCAUCCCUGAAAUUAUUCAUGGGAAGGGAGUUUUGCUUUCGUUAUCACGCUUAUUUGCACUAGAAACUUGAUGCUAGGAAUUACACUCAUUCAAGCAAAGAGCAGAAACACACACACAAAGAUGACUACAUCCAAUGAAAACAGAAUCAAAAUCAAGCACAGAGGAUGAAUUGGCAACAAUUGAGGAACCUGCUCACAAGCACUGUACAGUUUCCCCUGGUACAUUGUUCAUCCCUAACUUCUUGCCCAGCAGCGAUUUUACACAGCCCCUUUCAUUUCCCCCAACACCACCCUUCCCUGAAACUGGGUCCUGUCUGUCCAUCCCUGUGCACGUGUGUGUGUGCAUGUUACAGCCCCAGGGAUCACAGCUCCCGCUGGUGGGAAGCCAGGAGCUGGUUCAGGUUUUUUGGCCUGACUUCAUGUUGUUGGGUCAAAGCUGUGUAAAUAGUGUUUAAAAACAAGGAUAAAGGCUCUUUAUCCAGGCUGAUUUCUGAGGCUUCUUCCCCACCUUGAAAUGGGCCACUGCACUGUCCAGUUAGCUAUUUUUUUCCUCCUCUUCAUAUAUUAUAAGGUCGGAAGAGUGGCUCUUACAUUUUUCCAUGCCCCGGCAUGGAAUCAGGGCAUGUAUGCUCAUGAGAGCUGUGAAAAAACACUGCUGAGCUAAUGGUGACAUCAAAAUGUCCAAUAGAUGCAUGUUACUGCACUGCAUGUAUUAAACUACUAUUCACUACUUUUGUAUUUCCUGAGCCUUUUCUUCAUGCACAUUCAAUCCAGCCUUUUUUUCAUGGGUUUUCUUCUAGGUUUUGCUUUCAAAUGACUCGGUGUAUCUGUAACUUGAAAUCCAUUGUUAAGUUUGAGUAAAUGCAAAAGCCGAUGUUUUGUAAACAAGAUACUGCAAAACCUGAUUAUGUAUUUUGUCUUUCCGUGGAAUGCUCUGCAUGUACAAAGCAUGCACAGGAAGAGUUUCCAUCCAGAGAAGCUUAAAACUAUGCAGCAAUCACCUACACACGUCUAGAAACAGGGAGUCGGGGAGGGUCCCUCUGAAUAUGAUGUCACAAAGUUUGAUCUGCAUCUAAAAUACCUUCCUGGGUUGUCAAUGCUCAGGCCUGUCAAUAAGUACAUCAGUGUGUCUCUUCAGGGUUGUGGGUUGGUUAGGGUUUUUUUUUGUUCCUCAUUCUUAGUCAAAUCUUUGGCUGGUUUACUCAAUUCUUAGUAUUUUUUUCUCUUCCCAUGAGAUAUUUCUUUCUUGCCUGUUGCAGAAUGAAUUGCAUUGUGAGGACCAAGAUGCUGUGAUUAUUUGCCUGAACUAAUUAAGGCAGCAAGUUGAGCUAACUAUCUCAUCAUUUCCAAAGCAUCAACUAUCAAAGCACCUUCCCCAGUAUCACCACCUAAAUACUUGCAGUCAGUCCUUCAACAUCUCCAUGUAGCAGCAGCGCCAUUUAUCCAUAGAGGAGUUUGGAGCUGUACUUCUCCUUCCUCUACAUGGAAAUCGUAGCUUUGCCUUUUCUUCCCUCAACCAUUGACCCAUUUUCAUUUGUGCUGGUCUUUCUAUGGCAGAGCAGAAUACAGGAUCAUCAUGUGGUGUUUUUAGCACACCUGGUCCAAUCCUUUUUUUGAGAGUUGGAUGGUCAAUGGUUCCAGCUCCUCAACAGUCAUUGCUUUCAUGUGGAAGAUGUUCAUCUUCCCAAAACUCAAAACAGUCACCUUGAAAGAUUGAGAAGUGGUUUUCUGAUACCAGCAUGCCAAAUGGCUUCAGAGAAAGCACUGUGCUGGUGGUGUAGGGAGAAGGUAGCCCUCCUUGGAAGUUAUAUCAUGAACAACUCCACGGUAACUGAAAGAACCAAGAAGGCUUAAGCCUAACUUUGAGGAUGAUGCCCAGCUAGCAUGCUGUACCAUCUCCUACAAGCUGCCUACAGUGUAAAAGUCAUCAUGAGCAGCAGUUGUGAGUCACCCCAUCUCAGGUUGCUAUGACAGCAUGUGGUGCAAGGCUCCAUGAGGAAGUGGACAUGUGCCGUGGUUCCCAGUGGGUGGGAGAUCAUAGAAGAUGCUCAGGGCAGCUCUAAACUUUUCUAUCUUUCAUCUGCAUCCCACAAGUCCAGCUGCUGCUGUGCAUGCUAUCUCUUACCAGGUCAAGCCAUAGUUUCACCCUCAAAAGUGAAGAACAUGGAAUGUCAUGGCUCAGUGGGAGAUAUGUUGUGACUCUCAUUUCUCACCAGCGCAAUGUCACAUUCACCUCUAGUUAAGAAGCAGCAUUUUGGUCCUUUUGGGCCUUUUUUAAAUACAGAUAUUUGUUUUGGGUCAGCAAAUAACCAAAAGAAGCCCAUUCUGUCCAGAGCAGUGCCUCCCCAAUAUCCUCAACCACAAAACAUCUCUUGGCCGAUUUUUAAGGAAAAUGCAAGCAUGUUUUCUACAACUGCUUAAAUCUUAAUCAAGGAAUGUCAGUGUGCCUAAUAUUGCAGGUCUUGUGAUUGAUACAAGUUCAUAACAGCAUCCGUGUCCAAAAAGAUGGGAGAAUGUGUAUUUACUCCAUGCAUGUAUUAAGGCAUCGCAAAAGUUUUAUCUGCAUAAUGAGUUUGCAAUACUGCAAAUUGUUAAUGGGGCUACGUCGCAAGUGGUUCUCUGCCUUGACAAUCAUGUAUACAUAUCGAGAUUUCUAUCAUAAUGAGAAUUUAAAGGGAUGAUUGUUUUCCUCCAAUAAAUCCAGUUUAAUCUCCCUGA